AAGUAAUCAGAACCAGCGAUAAUGCAAAAAAAAAUAACAUCGAAUCUGUUGGUAAAUCGAAACUUUUAUUGCAAAUUAUAUCGAGCGAUGUCUCGAAACAGUUCGUUUUUCCGUUUUAUGAAGUCACAUUGCACAAUGAAGAUUUUGAUUUUAAUAACGUUCACCUUGACAGCCAUUUCCAUUUCACCAACUCGAAGUUUAAAUUCGAGCGAGGCUCUAGACAUCACAACACUGCUAAAUAAUACCAUCGCAAAAAAAUUCCAAAAUAUGAAUCCAGCUACGAUCAACAUGUUAAUCCUCAGCCUGGAGAAUUUAAAUUCGUUCAGUUUUGAUACAUAUACUGAUUGCGACUUAGGGUCUUAUGAGAGCGACUACUUUUUCACUGGUGUCACCGUAACCGGUCCAGUGAAAGCAGAAUCUGCCACCAUCCGACAAGGAUUAAUUCGCGAUAUAGUGUUCAUAUCCUUCACCAACCUAUCGAUUGAAAUGAAAGGAUACUUGGCAGAAACCCGAGAUGCAGCUCACGUGGGUUUCGUACGAUCUGUGAAUUUUGAAAACAUCUCCAUCGAAUUAUGGUCUGAUCUACCAUAUUAUAAUUUCUCAAAGAAUGUACCCUAUCCAUACUACGUUAAUUUCAUUCACUACAAAAAUUACGAAUCUCAUUACAUAUAUUCGCCUUGGUUCCACCAAAACUUGACAAAAGACACGCAGUACGAACUCGAAAGUCUGGCCAAAGCUUGCUUACCAUCGUUACUCAUGUACAGUUUACGAGGCAACCAGAACUUCAAGCAAACACUCCAUGCAGCGUUUUGCCUCUCUUCUGAAGCUGAGAUCACUUUCAAAAGGAAAAAUUACUUCUUCAUACCAAAUAUCACUUCUCUAGGUCGUACCUUGAGCAAUAUCACUAUCAGAGGAAUGCACAAUUUCGAUAGUCACUCGUUCGCUGAAAAUUCUGGUUUAACUGUCAGCACUCUGACGAUUAAAGAUAUUCGAGGAACCACUAAUUUACAUUACGAUGGUCGAAAUUUUACAAUUUUUCCAUUAUACUUUGAAGUGGAUAGAAUUUCGAUAACGGUUGAUCGAAAACAGCAAAGUAUCAAUGUGACCCCCCAUAACUACACGGUUAUUGACACUAAAACGAACGCCUCGUUGACGGAAUAUCAGUCCAAGUGGGUAAUGGAAGGAAUUCAAUUGGCGAUUGCGUCUUUCAUAAUGCCAUCGAUGAAAUAUAACAGAAACAGGACUCAGCCCACUGAUUCACUGGAAGAACAUCCGAUUGUAAAAAUAAGCACCAAAUUAUCUCAACAAUUCGAGGGUAGCACGAUACAAAAACUGUACGAUACUUGGAAUAUAACGAUACCCGAAAGCUUCAAGGCAGAAUCGAGUAUCCAAAUAGAAUCACUCACUUACAAUAUUUCAAUCGAUGCUAAACCGGAAACAGCAUUGAACCCGUAUCCCAGAUUCUUUCAAUGUAAUCUCUACAACUACUUGCAAUUCCAUUUCAAAAUUCCUUCUUAGCGCGGGAAAAUUAUCUUGCUCAAUACCACUCACAAAUUCGACGAAAUUGAUUUUGAAAUGGCCGAUGUUGUCAUUGGAGUAUUCAAACAAAAUAAUUCGAAUGAUUUCGAAUUGGAAUCCUGUUCAACCUUUGACGUAAAACUGCUCUCAAAUCCGCACAAUUUCACAGAUCACGAACGAUCGAAGAUAGAACAAGAAACGCAACAAUUGAUGAUCUCAUUGCUCAAGAAAACAUUUACGCUUUUCGCAGAACCAUUGCUUUCUUUAGCAUUGGACUACUGCGCCCAACCAGUGAACAUUUUCGAUGACUUCCUGCCUUUUUACGCCGAUCACGAAUUACCCUUCCGUGUACCGGACAGCAGAAUUGCAAAAAAAUUCACGAUACCGAAAAUUAACAACGUGAUAAUAACAGAGUGGAGGAAAUCACCUUCUGCCCUGGUCUCGAUUUAUUGCCCAAACUUUGUCAAUGGAAUAAAUGAAAGCGUGACGACAUACGUUAAUUUACAAUUGGCAGACGCUGAAAUCCGAAUAAAUUUUAACGAUAGCUUGGUACCAUUUGAUGAACUGCAUUUGACGUUGAAUAACUUACAGGUACGAAAUUUUACAGAUAGUGGAGAGGUUAAAGUGACUUUAGAUUCGAAUCCGUGGCAAUACGAUUCUCAGAACAAUAAAACGAUCUCUCUUUCUACUUCGAAAAUCGCCUCUAUUGAGAUGAAAUUAGAGACUAUACUGAACGAAUGUUUCAAUAAUCUUACCAGUAUCGUUUUUUAACAUUAUUUUUAUUACAACUUAUACCUACCUAUUACUAAUUUUGUACAAAUUAAAUUAUAAAAACUUUA